AUGAAAGUCAUUCUGCUGCUUUCACUUCUCCUUGUUGUUGAUGUGUUCUCGCUCAACAAAACCUCUACUACCGACAAUUUUGACACCGGUGCUGCAGGAAACGAAACAGUUGCGGAUUCCAAGGAAGCAAGAGAGAGCGUCAUUAUGAAAAAACAUAAGCUUCUCGUAUUCCCAUAUGGCACGCAAAUUGGAAUGGGCAUCGGUUCGCUUGUUGAUGGAAUCGUCGGACUCGCUACUGCAAUCAGCGGACUCGGUGGUGGAAUGGGCGGAUCCUGUUGUGGAAUGGGCCGACCCGGUGGUGGAAUGGGCGGACCCGGUGGUGGAAUGGGCGGACCCGGUGGUGGAAUGGGCGGACCCGGUGGUGGAAUGGGCGGAUCCGGUGGUGGAAUGGGCGGACUCGGUGGUGGAAUGGGCCCACCCGGUGGUGGAAUGGGCGGACUCGGUGGUGGAAUGGGCGGACUCGGUGGUGGAAUGGGCGGACUCGGUGGUGGAAUGGGCGGACUCGCUGGUUAG